AUGGGAGAGAAGAGUGGUGAGAUUGAGAUAGAGGGAGGGAGUACGUUCAGCGAGGCAAUGAGAAGAGCUCAAAAUGCUUACUGGGCCCAAGAUUGGAAAGCCUUCAGGCAAAUCUUUGAGAAAAACAAGAAAGAACUGCUCAAUAAUUUCGACUUGUUUGAGGACUCCGCCCUCACCAUCGCAACUCACAGCGAUGAUCCUAAGCUCUUGCAGGAUUUGCUGGAGAUGCUAUCUGAACAAGACAGGUGGCUCGCCUUGACCAAGCCUAACUGUCGAGGCAACACUAUUCUUCACAACAUCGCCUUACGGAAGAGACUGUCCGUACGGAUGGUAGAGCUUAUAUUCAAGUAUGAAAACCAGGCGGCGGCGACACUGCCGAAGGAGGAGGAGAAAAAGAGGGGGCCGAGAUUACUGGAGAGGAAAAACGAAAGAGGUGAAACACCACUGUUCAGGGCUGCUGCGUUCGGCAACCUCAAGAUGCUUCAGCAUGUGUUCGCCAGCCAUUUUGUAGAAGCAGCUCAGUCUGAGGUUGACGCUCUCAAAAUUCAUCAAUACAGCAAAACCGAGACCAUUCUUCUUGCUGGCACUAAUAGCCAACAUUUUGGUCUGUACUUCAAUUCAGAGAUCACAUUGCUUAUUACACUGUAUGUAGCUCUUUGGAUAAUUAGCAAAAUGAACGGGAGAAGCCUAGUUAUGGAGCUUAAUGAAAGGAAGUUCACUUGUCUUGAGCUUCUUGCUAGCUUGCCCCAAGCUUUUCGGAGCAACUACCCUAUGGAAUCAUCCCCCACCAAACUCGUCUACCAUUUGCUUCCCGAUGAAAGAUACCAAUUAAUUGAAGCUACCAAUAGCUCCGAGUCAUGUGGGCAUCACACAGACAUAGAAACUGGCCCACAUGAGAGUGCCAAGCCGCCAAUUUCAGCAAGAUAUCUUUCAAGAAUCAACUACGCUGUUUGGAGUAAUCUAGCUGAAGUAUUCAGGGGGAUUGAAUCUCUCUGGAAAGAUAAGAGGAAGCAUCAGUUAGCGAAGAGUUUGGCGAAGUUUCUGGUGAAGCAUGACUUCUCGUGGCAGAUCUCGUCUAGUAGUCGUCCAACUGAUGAUUUACAGGUCCAACUGCCACCUGUUCUUUACAACGUCGAAAAAAGGAAACAACAACUGGAAAGGAAGGAACAGAAAGAAGAUGAUCAAAACAAACCUCAACAUUAUAGAACACCAUUGUUCGUAGCAGCCAGCACUGGGAUUGAAGAGAUCGUAGACUUGUUCCUUAAAGAGCAUCCAAUGUCUAUAAAUUACAUGGGUAAAGAAGGCCAUAAUAUACUACAAAUAGCCGUUAGGCACCGUCAAUUGAAAAUCUUCAAACUGCUCAGGAAAAAUCCAUUAUUUUCUUCCCUUGGCUAUCGAAUAUCUGUUGCAAAUUGCACCGCGUUGCACGAAGUUGCCCGAAUGGACUAUUACAGAGGAUCAUCCCAACCUGGUGCAGCAUUCAAACUACAAGAUGAACUCAAGUGGUACAGACGAGUGGAAAAGGUUGUUCCCAAUCAUCUACAUUUGCAUUGUGACAAUCAGGCACUAACAGCGAAAGAUGUUCUGGAGAUGGAGCACCAUGACAUGCUUGAAAAGGCCCGGGAAUGGAUAAAGCAAACCGCCAAGUCUUGCUCCACCGUGGCCAUUCUUGUGGCCACGGUGGUCUUUGCGGCGGCCUACGCAAUUCCGGGAGGGAAUGAGGCUGGCACGCCGGUGCUUCUCAGUUCACCGGUUUUCAUCUUCUUCACCGUCAUGGACGUUGUGGCACUUGCCUUCGCUUUGGCUUCUGUGGUCAUGUUUCUUUCCAUCAUCACGUCACCAUUUGAGCUCUGGAAUUUCCACAAGUCUCUCCCUCGUAAACUGAAUCUAGGGUUUACUUUCCUGUUCUUGGCUCUGACCUCCACAAUGCUUGCUUUUUCUGCAACUAUUUUGCUCACAAUUAGGUUGCCGUGGAAGAAAUGGCCUUCGACUUUGGUGUAUAGUGCCGCGUUCUUUCCUGUCACCAUAUUUGGAUUGAUUGAAUUCCCACUUUAUAGGAAGAUUCCAAUCUUGAUCCACAAGGUGUGCAAGAAGGCGAUGAAGGCGAUUAAUGCGACUGGUCGAGUGGUCAAAAGAUUUAAGAAGCCAAAAAAUCAAUAA